UGGCGCGCGUGUCGACGUCGGCACGAGCUAAGCCCGGAAGAGGCGCGGACCGGGAAAGGAUCUUGUGCUCAACAGUUCCCACACCUCUGUGUCUAUGGCGCUGUGGCGCGGCUCCGCGUACGCCGGCUUCCUGGCGCUAGCUGUGGGCUGCGUCUUCCUGCUGGAGCCGCAGCUGCCAGGGUCGGCGCUGCGCUGGCUGUGGAGCUCGCUGCAGCUGGGGCCUGCGCCCGUGCCCCCAGGACCCGGCUCCCCUGAGGGCCGGUUGGCUGCUGCCUGGGACGCGCUCAUCGUGCGGCCGGCCCGGAGUUGGCGCCGCGUGGCCGUGGGAGUCAAUGCAUGUGUGGAUGUAGUGCUGUCAGGGGUGAAGCUCUUGCAGGCACUUGGCCUGAAUCCUGGGAAUGGGAAAGAUCACACUGAGCUGCGUUCGAGGAAUGACCUAGAAGAUGCCUUCGUUCACUUCAUGGGGAAGGGAGCAGCUGCUGAACGCUUCUUCAGUGAUAAGGAAACUUUCCAUAACAUCGCCCAGAUUGCAUCAGAGUUCCCAGGAGCCCAGCACUAUGUAGGAGGAAAUGCAGCUUUAAUUGGACAGAAAUUUGCAGCCAACUCAGAUUUAAAGGUUCUUCUUUGUGGUCCGGUUGGUCCAAAGCUGCAUGAACUUCUUGAUGACAAUGUAUUUGUUCCACCAGAGUCACUGCAGGAAGUGGAUGAGUUCCACCUCAUUUUAGAGUAUCAGGCAGGGGAGGAGUGGGGCCGGUUAAAAGCUCCCCAUGCCAACCGAUUCAUCUUCUCCCACGACCUCUCCAACGGGGCCAUGAAUAUGCUGGAGGUGUUUGUGUCUAGCCUGGAGGAGUUUCAGCCAGACCUGGUGGUCCUCUCUGGAUUGCACAUGAUGGAGGGACAAAGCAAGGAGUUCCAGAGGAAGAGACUCCUGGAGGUCAUGACCUCCAUUUCUGACAUCCCUACGGGUAUUCCAGUUCACCUGGAGCUGGCCAGCAUGACAAACAGGGAGCUCAUGAGCAGCAUUGUGCAUCAGCAGGUCUUUUCUGCCGUGACUUCCCUUGGGCUGAAUGAACAGGAGCUGUUAUUUCUCAGCCAGUCGGCAUCUGGACCUCACUCUUCCCUCUCUUCCUGGACCGGUGUUCCUGAUGUGGGCGUGGUCAGCGACAUCCUCUUUUGGAUCUUGAAGGAACAUGGGAAGAGUGAAAGCAGAGCCUCAGACCUCACCAGGAUCCACUUCCACACACUGGCCUACCACAUCCUGGCAACUGUGGAUGGACACUGGGCCAACCAGCUGGCGGCCGUGGCUGCAGGAGCUCGCAUGGCCGGGACACAGGCCUGCGCGACAGAAACCAUAGACACCCGCCGAGUGUCUCUGAAGGCGCCCCGUGAGUUCAUGACCUCCCGUUCGGCGGCCGGCUCCAGGGUCAUGUUAAACCCAAACGAGCCCGUGGUCGAAUGGCACAGGGAGGGAGUGUCCUUCCACUUCACACCAGUGUUGGUGUGUAAAGAUCCUGUUCGAACUGUGGGCCUCGGAGAUGCCAUUUCAGCCGAAGGACUCUUCUAUUCAGAAGUACACCCUCACUCGUAGGAAGAUUGUUGUGGGUCAUUUUUCUGAAGGAGGAAAACUAGCCAGCCUAAGAAUGACAGGAAUUAAGUGGUUUGGGAAACAGGAUUGAGAGUGUCAAAACCGUUUCUAGAUCUAGUUGAAAGACAGCCAAAGAAACAACAGCAGAUUAAACUGUACCAGAUACAUUCCAGCCAGUUGACGAUUACACAGAAACAUUUCAGGUUUUAAUCAAAAUUCAGCUAUUUACUAACAAGACUGGAUUUUUCUUCUUGUUUUUUUUUUGUUGUUGUUGUUUUUUAUGUUGUGUGUUACAGGGGUGGAAACUUGAUUCCCAGAUCCCCUCUUCAAGUAUUUUAGGCCUGACUUCUUUACCCUCGAGAGCAUGUCGGUUUGGAGAAAGCACUCCUCCUUGCCCACCUCGGAGCGCGUGCUCCCUCACCUGCUCCCCUGUCUCUGGUAAAGUGCGGUGUGAGUUCUCGCCUUCUCUCAGCUCAGCGCCCUUGGCAGGAUCAUGGUUUCCAUUCAGUGUUCUAAUGAAAAAAUUUAAUGAGCACACCUUCUCAGUCUUCUGCUCUCAAACUUAGGACAGAGCCACAAGUAAGGACAAAACAGGCCCUCCUGUGUUUCAGAGACACAGCAGAGGCUGGGAGCCUCGUGGUUCCCUUGAGGGAGCCAGUCACUGACUCUGCAGUUGAGGAGCCUGGCUGGCUUGCAGGGUGGGGCUGUGAGCUGAAGGGCGGCACCUUCCUGCCCCAGCUCCUUAACUGUAGGCUGGCUGGUCAGAGGCUCCUGUGCCUGGGCCCAACCUCAUUGCCCAGCUCUGGAUGUGCUUUCUGCAGUAGAAGACUGAUCUAUGUUCUUUCUGAUCUUUGAAGGCAUCUUACAACUGGAUUAUGCUUCUGGGUGUAUAGCAGAUCAUGUGUGUUUUACAUUGACACAUCACAUCCAUUAAAGAGUUUGACCUCAUAAGAGUCCCAGGAUCAUGAAUAAAUUUGUCAUGUUAUGUAUUUAUUUUUUGUAAAUCAAGGAGACUUCAGCGUGCUUUUAAAUAUUAAAAACAAUUUACAUUUCAAGAAUCC